CAAUCUAGAAAUGAUAGACAGACAAGUUCCAAAGGACUAAAACAAAUACCUACUUUUCAAUAUUUGUAGCUAGCGUGGAUCUUCAUUUUCCCACAUAUUUCCAAACCAGAAACCCAGCUUCCCUGUAUCAAAUUUUAUGUAUAUGCCAUUUAUGCUAUGAGUAUUCGAUCGUUUCAUAGAUGGAGAGAAUUAGGAAGCAGAGCAGAGGUGGCGAUGAAUCGGCCUUGGUAAAGGCGGCCGCAUGGGCAUGGUAUGAGCAUGGGACUGGAUUAGAAGGCAAGUCACUACAGGAAUUUGAUAUCAGAAGAACUUUUCAUGAUCCUAAACCAUCCAGGUUCAAGCUAGAAGCCAAGAAAUUAGCCGAACAAGGCAGUAGAGUUUUUGAUGAAGGGUCAAGUCCGGGAACUAGUGGGAGCGUACAGACUGUUGAUGAUCAUUCACUUCUUGAUAGAUAUGAAAUUGAGAGUAUUUCUAGGCGGUUGGAUCAACUUAUAGAGUCUAGUGGUGACAAAGGCACAGUUUAUAAUAAGGGGUUCCUAGUUGGAGAUCGUCUUGCUAAACAGUACGACCACUCUAAUCUUGGAUGCGGUAGUAGAUGCUCACCGCCGCCGAAGUUACAAGCUCCCACGUCUGCAGUUGGAGAUCUUCGUCGAAAAGGAAGUGUGGCAUUAUCAGAUGGUGACUACACAAAUCGCAGGAGGAAGAAAACGAGCAACAUCUUUAGAGGGUUUUGGCAAAGGCAUGUAGUGAUAUGCGGUUCAAGUACUCAUAAAGAUGUAAUUCUAGGGACAAGAUCUUUUGUGGAUAAUCGGGGGCAGCAGCAGAACCCGGAAAAGCGGAAAGCAUACUCGCCGGUACCAGUGGUAAAGUUGGCCAACUCUCGGCCGAGGGCCAGUGGCCGUCACACACGCCUUGUGAUCAAUUGAAAAGUUAAGCUUUUGCUUAGGUCGUCGGCUGUGAAACAGUUGUCUACAUCUACCUCAACCAAUUCCUUCAAAUGCAUAAAUACAUAUACCUACUAUAUAUAUGGUGUUAUAUAUUUAGACACUUUCCUCAGAUAUGGGGAGACGUUUGUGCAGUAAACUUGUGAAAUCCGAUUUAUAUUGGAAAAUUGCACCCACAAAAACAAAAAUUGAUCCGACGAGAAUUCUCAAA